UCACCGCCACUGCCCCUUCCAAGGCACUGGCCAAUGGACGUAUAACCUCCGUGAUUGGUGCAGUGGUCGAUGUCCACUUUGACGAGCAUCUCCCUCCCAUCCUCAACGCCCUCGAAGUGGUGGACCGUAAGCCCCGUCUGGUGCUGGAAGUGGCCCAACAUUUGGGGGAAAACACAGUCAGGACAAUCGCAAUGGACGGGUCGGAAGGACUGGUUCGUGGCCAAAGUGUGAUGGACACGGGGUCUUCUAUCCGCAUUCCUGUGGGGACCGCCACUCUGGGGAGGAUUAUAAACGUGAUUGGAGAACCAAUCGACGAACGGGGACCAAUCCAGACGGACGUGUACUCCUCCAUCUACGCAGACGCCCCACAAUUCUCAGAAAUGUCUACCGAGCAAAUGGUUUUGGAAACAGGCAUAAAAGUCGUCGAUCUUUUGGCCCCCUACGCUAAAGGGGGGAAAAUCGGGCUCUUUGGAGGGGCGGGAGUUGGCAAGACUGUCCUGAUCAUGGAACUCAUCAACAACGUGGCCAAAGCACACGGAGGGUACUCUGUGUUUGCAGGAGUGGGGGAACGUACUCGGGAGGGGAAUGACCUCUACAAUGAAAUGAUCGAGUCGGGCAUUGUCGAUUUGAAGGGAGCCAACUCGAAGGUGUCCCUCGUCUACGGACAAAUGAACGAGCCCCCCGGAGCACGUGCCCGGGUUGCUUUGACGGGUCUCACCGUGGCCGAGUAUUUCCGUGACCACGACGGGCAAGACGUGCUAUUUUUUGUGGACAACAUCUUUCGGUUCACUCAGGCGGGGUCAGAGGUGUCUGCCUUGCUUGGGCGGAUUCCGUCUGCCGUGGGGUACCAGCCUACAUUGGCCACGGAUAUGGGAACAAUGCAGGAGAGGAUUACCACCACCAACAAGGGUUCCAUCACUUCUGUUCAGGCUAUUUAUGUGCCUGCGGAUGACCUGACUGAUCCAGCCCCUGCCACGACGUUUGCUCACUUGGAUGCCACUACUGUCCUGUCACGAGCCAUCUCAGAGUUGGCCAUCUAUCCUGCUGUUGACCCUCUGGACUCUCGUUCGAGAAUGUUGGAUCCCAAUAUUGUGGGCCCUGAGCACUACACUGUAGCCCAGGCCGUCCAGAAGACGUUGCAAGAGGCCAAGUCGUUGAAUGAUAUUGUUGCCAUUUUGGGGAUGGAGGAGUUGUCUGAGGAGGACAAACUCACUAUUUCGCGAGCUCGUAAAAUUCAACGUUUCUUGUCCCAGCCGUUCCAAGUUGCCGAGGUGUUCACGGGGACGCAGGGAAAGCAUGUCCAGUUGAGUGAGACCAUCAAGGGGUUCUCCAUGAUUGUCAAUGGGGAGAUGGACCACAUCCCCGAGGUGGCCUUCUACAUGGUGGGCAAUAUUGAUGAGGUGUUUGAAAAGGCCUCAAAGUUGGCUGCUCAGUAAUUUCUCUAAUUUUACUAACCGUACUUGUCUAACCUCGAUC